AUGGAUGAAUAUCUUCAUAUGGAUUCUCAAGUUGGUUCUAGUUUGAUAUCCGAUUUCUCUUCAUUCAUUAGCAAAGUUGGAGAGGGAGAUUUGACAAAUAAAUUUACCACAAAUGAAAUAUUUCGUUCACGAGAGCACUUAAGUGAUUGGGUAAGAGGGAUGGCUUAUGAUUUAGGAUUUGUUGUGGUAAUAGUAAGAUCUGAUAUAGCUACUAGUAUACGGGGAAGAAAAACGUUCGUCAUACUUGGAUGUGAAAGAGGAGGGAAAUAUCGAAAAUACAAAGCUGAUGCAGUGCCUAGUGUAUACGACACUCGUAAAUGUGAGUGUCCGUUUAGAUUAAAGGGUAAACCAUGUUCAGACGGUGAUGGAUGGGUGUUGAAGGUGAUGCGUGGACAUCACAACCAUGAGUUGGCUGAAACUUUAGUUGGACAUCCUUAUGCUGGCAGGUGUGCCGACGAUUCAGAAGUUGUUACUGACCUGUUUUGGACACAUCCUGAAGCGAGUAAUUUCACAUGGGCUUUGGAAAAGCUGAAAGGUUUAUUUUUAACAUCUGAGGGUGCUCCUAAAGUCAUUGUGUCUAACCGAGACUUGGCUUUGAUGAAUGUCAUUGCAAAUACUUGGAUUAUUCCGUACAGUACAUACUUUGUACAGUUUUGGACAAACAAAGUAAUGCAUUUAGGGAACACAACCACAAAUAGGGUUGAGUCUGCUCAUUGGAGUCUGAAGAAAGUUCUGGGCAAUAGUAUGGGUGAUUUGUGUUCUUGUUGGGAUAGUAUUCAUAAUGUCGUUAUCCUACAACACAACAAGAUUAAGGAAUCAUUUCAAAGAAGUUUGUUGCUCACGAGUAACCCUUUUAAAGGAUACAUAUAUAAAAAACUUAUUAGGCGUGUCUCUCAAUAUGCAUUGGAUCUCAUUGCUAAGGAAUUGGAAACAGUGCAACAGAUAGGAUUGAACUCAUCAAAGUGUGGAUGCGUAUUGAGACGGACAUUUGGUGUCUCCUAUGCAUGUGAAUUAGCACGGUAUGAUGUUGGAUUGAUCCCUUUGGGUGAAUUUCAUAUCAUGUGGCGAAGAUUGCAUUUCUCAAAUGUUGAAUUAAAUGAAACCGAGCCCGAGUUAUCCAUUAAAGAUAAGUUGAAACAAGUAGAAGAACGAUUCAAUGAGGUUGACAUUGAAGGUAAAGUCACCAUCAAGCAGAAGUUACUUGACAUUAUUUGUCCUACAUUGACAUCAAUGGUCCCUCCAUUACAUAAAGUCAAGACAAAGGGUGCUCAAAAAAGUAAAGUUCAACGAAGAGAAAGGUCUACUACGCGAGAUCCAUCAUAUUUUGAGUAUGUCGAUGUCUUUCAUUCAACCAUAGAAUCUUCAACCGUGAAAAGUAAAUUACAAUCAAAGCCAAAUGUAGUGAAGAAAAAGAGAGUUCCAAUGAUAGACCAGUUUCAUUCUAUUACUCACCCCUUCAUUAUGGACGUUGUUGAUGUUGUGGCUGAUUGUCAUUGUGGAUAUAGAUGCAUUGCUGCGUCGUUGGGACUCGGAGAAGAUUCAUGGUCCGUUAUCAGAAAUGAUUUGUACAAAGAACUCAGUCAAUGGCGUAAUGAAUACGCAAGCCUAGUAGGAGGGUAUGAUAGACUAGAAGAAUGGAGGAACUCUUUGUUGGUGCAGUCACAGUCAAGGGUUAAGUUACAAGAAGGUUGUCAUUUGCCCAUGGUGAAUAUCAUCUCCUCAACCUACUAUUAUCCUGAGGCACGAGCGUGGUCAUCUAUUUAUACUAGUAGGAUGCAAGCAUUUGCAAAGUUGAUGGGCGUAACGACAUCUUAUGUUGACUUGGGUGAUUCGUGA